UACUGCCAUUAAUCUAUUAUAACUCACCUGCCAUCUCCGGAGCUCUCUUCAUCCAAAGGCAAACAAAGCCCCUCCCCCUUCCCAAUCUGCAGAGAAUGAACAGAGUAAGCAACGAAGCAGAGUGCCACCAGCAGUAAACCAGAGAGAUGAUCCGAGGUGCCAACAGCCUGAUAGGGGCUGUGAACUUUGUGACGUUUUUGAUAUCGAUCCCUAUCCUGGGCGGUGGCAUAUGGCUGAGCGCCAAGGCCAACUCCACCGACUGCCUCCGCUUCCUCCAGUGGCCGCUCAUCAUCAUCGGCGUUGCCAUCAUGGUCAUCUCCCUCAUGGGCUUCGCCGGCGCCUGCUACCGCCUUGCGUGGCUGCUCCGCCUCUACCUCUUCGCCAUGUUCUUCGUCGUCGUGGCGCUCCUUGGCUUCGUCGUCUUCGCCUUCGCCGUCACUGACCGCGGGCACGGCCAGGUCGUCAUGAACCGCGCCUUCCUCGAGUACCAGCUCUCGGAUUACUCCGGUUGGCUCAAGGACCGUGUCUCCGACCCCGGGUACUGGGCCAAGAUCAGCGCCUGCCUCCGCGAAGGUCAUGCGUGCUCCAAAAUGGCAAGAUACGCCCGAGAUCCAACCACAGGAGUGCUCGUACCUGAGUCCCCGGAUAUGUUCGACCGGAGAAAUCUCUCCCCUAUCGAGUCUGGAUGCUGUAAGCCUCCAACUACAUGUGGCUAUGCAUACGCAAAUGAGACAUUCUGGACCGCAGGGGCAGGAAUGAUGGUUAAUGACAUGGACUGCACCAGGUGGAGCAAUGAUCAGCAGUUGCUGUGCUACCAGUGUGACUCAUGUAAGGCUGGGGUUCUUGCAAGCAUCAGGCAUAGCUGGAGGAAGGUCUCAGUGAUUAACAUUGUUGUGCUCGUAAUCCUCGUCAUUGUCUAUGUCAUUGGUUGUGCAGCAUUCAGAAAUGCGAAAAGGGUCGACAAUGAUGAGCCCUUUGGAGAGAACAGAAUUACUAAAGCAAGACCUAGCAGGUUCCAGUUUUAGGAAGUUCUGUGGAAUAGAACUAUUCUGUACAAUACAAACAUAUUGGAAUUUGAGGAAUCUAGUUCAUGUACUGGAAAUUGGUUGUUUGGCCUUAAGGGCCUAAGGACAAAAAGGCUUCAUCAAAUUCCAUUUGGCUUGUUUUGUUCAUAUAAUAGUUGUGUGUGUCUCAGUUUUCUUUUGUGUUCAACACAGUCAAACAAACGACACUGGCUGAUCCUCAUUGUACCUUAGUCCAAAUGGUGUUUUGUUUUACCAGAAUGUAGGAUUUCUUCUGUUGCUUGUA